GCGUUGAAUAAGGAAGAAAGAGGAAGCGAGCGGUUGCUCGGAGCCCGGGACGGUUUUGCCGAGGGCUGCUUUCGAACAGGCGGGGCGGUUUAGGUCGGGCGGGCUUGUGAGGAGAAGGUCACUCCUAGGUUACCUAAUGUCGUGUGGAAGGUUGGCUGCAAAAGAAGGAACGGGGGUUAAAAAUCCACGUGUUCCUUCCGUGCAAGGCUGGUAACUGCAGGGGGAAAAAAAGAACACGGGCUCUUGUGGUCCCUUGAGAACCAACAUUUAUUUGGGUAUAAGAUUUAGACGAUGGGAGCCCUAUUUUCCUGCAGUUUAUUUAGGGCAUUGCUUGCUUUAAAAACAUGUUCCAGUCAUCUUGUUGGCAAACGUGCUUUUAGCUACAAUUCCUCCCGAAUGGUCACGACCUUCGUGGAUUUACGAAUACGAGCGAUAGCAACAAACUCACGUUGGGUUCCUGUUGUAAUGUUUUAAAACUCGUAUAACCGGAGAGGCAGGGGAGCGUUGAAAGAACAAUAAAAGAAAGUAAAUAAAUAAAUAUAACACAAUAUUGUGGGAAGAAAUUCAACAGAAAUACUGUACUGAAUAAUAACGGCUCUCACAUUCCUUCAUCACGAUCCUUUCAAGUCUUAUUCGUUUUCUGCAGUUUCCAUUUGAUUCAAUCAAGCAUCUAGAAAAUGAGUGACAGUGAUGAUGAUGUCCCCCAACUUUCAUCUGAAGCUUUAGCUGCUCUCCAGGAGUUCUAUAUUGAACAACAGCAAAAAGAAGAAAUUAAAAUAAAAGAAGAAUCCAAUAACUAUUGUCUUGGCUCAAUAGAGGAGAACUGGCAACUGAGCCAGUUUUGGUAUGAUGAUGAAACUGCACAUUGGUUAGCUAAUGAAGCAAUAAGAGCAGCUGGAAGAGGUGGCAGGAUAGCAUGUAUUAGUGCACCCAGUGUUUAUCAAAAAUUGAAAGAACAGAAUAGUAAAGAUUUUUCAACAUAUCUCUUGGAAUAUGACAAAAGAUUUUCUGUGUAUGGUGCUGAAUACGUUUUCUAUGAUUACAACAAUCCUUUGGAUCUUCCGGCCAAUCUUGUGGCACACAGCUUUGACAUCAUCCUAGCAGAUCCACCUUAUCUUUCUGAAGAAUGUCUUAGUAAAACAGCAGAAACUAUAAAAUAUUUAACAAAAGGAAAAAUCCUACUUUGUACAGGAUCAAUUAUGGAAGAAUAUGCUGCGAAGUAUCUUGGAGUGAAAAUGUGUACAUUUAUUCCGAAACAUACUCGAAACUUAGCUAAUGAAUUUCGAUGUUAUGUGAAUCAUGAUUCUGGACUAGAUUCUGAUUCUGUCUCUUGAUAAAUAUAAAAAAAAUUUGGCAAACUGUUUUAGUCUGGAGCAUUGUUCCUUUUGUGGUGAUGAGAACAUGUUUUUUAAUAAUACACUUUUUUGUUUUGUGUAAAUAGAAUAUGACCACUUCUGUUACUUUUAACAGGACGUUUGAGCCAUGAUAAAAGAGUUGUGAUACCACACAUAAUAUAAUAUGCAGAGUUGCGAGGCCUGCAUUAGAAGAGAGGUAGAAAAAGUAAAUGGCUUGGUACACCAGACAGAAGUAAGAUAAGUUCAGGUACCAUCUCAAUUUGGGGAGUGAGGGAAACAGUUGCUCCCCCCCCAAAAAAAGCAAUUUUUUAAAAAAGGAUCUAAGAUGGAUGGAGGCAGGCAGACAGAGGAUACCAGGAGCUCAAAGCACACUAAUCCUACCCAAAAGGAAUUACUGUAGCAAAGGCCAUUCUAUAGAUUCUAAAUUUCCACCCACCUUGUACAUUUUGAUUGGCUGCUAAUGGCUGUCAUGCCAACAUUAUUGGAUGAAAACCUUUUACAUACCAUUUGUGUGUCCCUUUCUUUCAUAAAAAUCAUUCAUCUUUAAAAAGCUCCCUUUCAGCAUUCAGUGAAAGAACACAGAAAACAUGAAAGGGCCGUGGGGGCUUUCCUUUCCACAAAGACAUUUUAUAUCCUGCAACCAAACUGACAAAUCUGUUCCUUCUCUUGUUCUAUUUAUAUGUUCUGUCAUAAAAACCAAGGUUGAAAACAAAUAUAUUAUUUCAGCUACUUUUGUGAGUAAAAAUUGGUUUGAACUCAGGAUGAGUUCCAACACUCUCUCUUAUGCCAUAUUAACAUAUUUCAUAUGCUCUUCCUUUGGAAGUUUGUUAGCUUGGUACUAAUCAGUAUUCAAUUUUCAAGCCUCCCUCCCCCACUCUGUGUGACGCUGGUACUUAACUAUCAUUUUUGUGGAUUAAUUACACAUAGCAGGGCUUUGUCCCUCAGUUAUUUUCUUGAUGCCUACAAGAAAAUAGGCAUCAAAUUAACAUUGCCAAUACUCUACAUGCAUUAAAUUUGAAAAUAUUGUUUGAAUUAUCAGAGUGGUUGGAUAGACCAGAUGGGCGGGAUACAAAACAAACAAACAAACAAACAAACAAACAAAUAAAUUAUGUUUUAUCCCCUAAAUAAAAACUUCCUUAAUUUUAAUGCACGUAGAAAUAUACUAGUGCUUACAUGUUUGCAUACUUAAUGCAAUUUCCUGUUUCCUUUUUGUAACAAAAUGUAAAUUUGGUCUAUAGUAAAAUAUUGCUAUUCUUAGAGGGGGGAAAAACAU